GUCGUUUCCCCCCCGCCCCCCGCCGUCGUGCCCCUCCCUUUCCAGAGCCCCCGGUUCCUUAGAAACCAGGCGGCGCGUUCCGGGUGGCGGCGCGCUAGACUCCCGGGCCCGCGUGUCCUCGCCAGCCUCUCUCACGGAGAGCUGGUGGCCGCCGAGACUGGUCCGGAUCCGUGGUCUCCGGGUGCACAGCGGGGUGGGCGAUGCCAGCGUGCCAGGAGCCAUGUUUGACCAGGACUGUGGGAAGCUCGUGUUCAUGCUGGAGGCUCUUGUGAGGAGAUGAGUUGGUGAACAGAGAAGUUGGCAUGAAGAUGCUCCCAGGAGUGGGCGUGUUUGGGACCGGCAGCUCCGCCCGGGUUCUGGUCCCGCUGCUGAGGGCAGAAGGGUUCACUGUGGAGGCCCUGUGGGGGAAGACUGAGGAGGAGGCGAAGCAGCUUGCUGAGGAGAUGAACAUCACCUUCUACACCAGUCGGACUGAUGACGUCUUGCUGCAUCAAGAUGUGGAUCUGGUGUGCAUCAACAUCCCCCCUCCACUCACCCGGCAAAUAUCUGUGAAGGCUCUAGGUAUUGGGAAAAAUGUGGUUUGUGAAAAGGCAGCAACCUCAGUGGAUGCCUUUCGGAUGGUGACAGCCUCACGCUACUACCCACAGCUGAUGAGCCUGGUGGGGAACGUGCUGCGCUUCCUGCCUGCUUUUGUGCGCAUGAAGCAGCUGAUUGCAGAGCACUAUGUGGGCGCAGUGAUGAUCUGCGACGCCCGCAUCUACUCGGGAAGUCUGCUCAGCCCCAAUUAUGGCUGGAUCUGCGACGAGCUCAUGGGCGGUGGGGGCCUUCACACCAUGGGUACCUACAUUGUGGACCUGCUGACCCACCUGACUGGCCGGAGAGCUGAGAAGGUGCAUGGGCUGCUCAAGACCUUCGUGAGGCAGAAUGCAGCCAUCCGUGGCAUCCGGCAUGUCACCAGUGAUGACUUCUGUUUCUUCCAGAUGCUCAUGGGUGGGGGGGUGUGCAGCACAGUAACACUUAACUUCAACAUGCCAGGUGCCUUUGUGCACGAGGUCAUGGUGGUGGGCUCUGCGGGACGCCUUGUGGCCCGGGGAGCUGACCUCUAUGGGCAGAAGAACUCUGCCACACAGGAGGAGCUGCUACUGAGGGACUCUCUGGCUGUGGGCGCAGGACUGCCUGAGCAGGGGCCCCAGGACGUCCCACUGCUCUACCUGAAGGGCAUGGUCUACAUGGUGCAGGCCCUGCGCCAGUCCUUCCAGGGGCAGGGGGACCGCCGCACAUGGGACCACACCCCCGUCUCCAUGGCUGCUUCAUUUGAGGAUGGGCUGUAUAUGCAGAGUGUGGUGGAUGCCAUCAAAAGGUCAAGCCGAUCUGGGGAGUGGGAGGCUGUGGAGGUGCUGACAGAGGAACCCGACACCAACCAGAACCUGUGUGAAGCACUCCAGCGGAAUAACCUGUGACCCUGCACAUGGGCUCCCUGCCACGGGGCAAAGGGGCCAGGGAGAAACCAGGAGCCAUGAUGGGAGGGUUUGGCUAUAGCACAGAGUAUCUUUCAUUUAAUGAGUCAACUUGGGCAGGGUCCAGGUGAGGCCAAAGGUAACCUGGGGAAACGCCCCCUCCAGUGCUCAUUUACUUCUCAGAUUUGCAGGGCAGUGACCUUCCGGUUUCCAUGGCUGAGAGGACUAGCACAAUGUGCAUGGAGUGGAGCUGCCACCAGGUCUCUGCAUAGUUAGGCUGGUGAGCAGGGCCAGCAAAAGCUUGACUUGGCAGCGGCUUCAACCUAUUUGUGGUCCUAACUAGAUGAGAAAGCACAGCAAGGAGCCAGCUUGGCGGAUUCCUCAGGCCUGAGGAAAAAUGACAAGAGCUGUGUUUCCAUGUCCUUCCUGGGCUAGGGCAUUUCAGGAAUGGUCAGGACAGUAAGUCAUCCCUCAGGGAUCCGCAUCUGCCCUCCUUCCCAUGCAGCCAGGCCCUUCCUGCUCCAGGCUAUCCCUCCCCUGGCAGGGAGAGGGGGGUUCUUCAUUAGGUGAGCUCUCAGGGGCUGUUGACCUAGGGCAUAGGGCCCCUGAUUUGGUGGAGAGGAGACAAGGGAGAGCUCUGGAACAUCUGACAAAUGUUAAUAAAUAAAGGAGAAAGUCUGACA